AUGGAGAAAAUCAAGAGCCUUCUGUUAGGCAGUUCCAAAGAGAAAGAGAAGGAGGCCAAGGACGAGACGGGUCAACCGUCGAGUACUCAUGGAGGCGUGACAGGCGCGGGAAGUCACUUCGACAACACAAGCGAAACUCAAACAACCGGAAUUGGGGGAAAUCAUACCGCCGGGCAUGGGAACACUCCUCUGUCCACCGCUGGAAGUCAACCACACCCGGAUGCGAAGAGCGCCGCGAUUGCAGCAGCCGGUCUUGGAAGCAGCCAGCAAACGUCUGGCACAAGCGCGAUCCCGACCUCCCACCUCGCUUCCCAAUCUCAAUCGUACCCAACCGAGUCCCAAACACAGAACAAUAACUUAGGCAAUGCGCAGAUUGGCAGUGGAUCGAUUGGACAAUCGGCUUCAUUGGGCUUGACUGGCCCAGACACGACUUCUUCGUCCGCAAACACAAAUACAACACAAGCUGGACAUGGGUCGAUCGGUCAAUCCGCACUCUCGGGCUUGACAGGAAGCGAUGCUGGUUCAGCAGCGACGACUACAAGCACACAAACUGGUACGAUGACUCCAGCCAUGCACGUUCCAGGUGAAUGGAUCCUUGAGGCUAAUACUACCCGAAUUCCAGGACCCAGCGUAACAGGCUCAAGCCAAACUUCAGGUAGUCACCUGGUACGGGAUGCUGCCUUAAUGGGAGGAGCUGGUGGAGGAGCAGGGGCUCUUAUUUCUGGUGUUGCGAGCCACCGGGAGCGUGAGAUGGCCGGAGGGCAUGGCUCCUCGACGGCAGCUCCAGGACUGGGGCAAAGCUCCGGCCUUGGUUCAGGCACAGGAACUUCAAACACAACGUCUUCCACUCUGCCGAUCCGCACGCACGAGUCCACCAAUCCUCAUGGAGUCUCUUCAGGAACUGGAUAUGGCUCCAGGCAGGAACCAAGCAUUACUGGCCCAAAUCAUGUGACCCGCGAUACUGCCGCCCUUGGAACAGCUGGUGCAGUGGGCGCUGGUGUUCAUCACCAUGAUUCUCAUGCUGGCCCGACUGGACUCGGCCAAGGAUCCAUUCCACAAUCAUCUACCCAUGGGCCACAUACCACAAACGCAGCCAACCUGCUUGAUCCACGCGUCAACCCGAGUGGUCUGAGUGGCCACGAAGAUGCUAUCAAGCACUCGCCAAAUCAUGGAGGUGGUGCUGAGCAAGCAGAUUCUCACCACCGUGCUUCUGAAGGCCUCACCGGCAGUGCUAAAGCGCUACAGGAAACUCGUGAGGGAGAUCAUGGCAAUGUAACCAACACUUCGGGACUCGGCUCGUCAACUGCCCGAACGGGCGUUCCCAAAUCCGCUGUCUCAUCCGGGCUCGGUGCUUCGAAUACUGGAGCCGGUGUCUCUCACCAGAGCGCUACCUCUACUGGCCCAGCACCCCACACAGCUGGCCCCCACUCGAAAGAUUACCAGAACGUUCUGGAUCCUCGAGUGACACCACUGAAUGCUGCUGCCAAAGGUAACGAGCAGACUUCUACCUCCAGUGGACAACACUAUGGUCGGGAUGCUGCUGUUGCUGGCGGAGUCGGUACGGCUGCUUAUGCGGCUACUCAGCAGCAUGGCUCGAGGGGAGCAAGGGAUCCAGCUGCAACGCAACUCGAUCAACAAAGCACCUGGGCUGAGUCUGGGGUUCCUCACUCAACAACCUCGACAGACCAAUCAGGCCUUACCACUCACACUUCAGCUAAUGAGGUAACGACCGAUCAUUCCAAGGAUCAUCAUUACGGCAGAGAUGCUGCGGUAGCUGGGGGCGCGGCCGGAGCCGGGGCAGGCGCUUACGAAGCCGACAGGCACAGCCAUGAGAUAGAUCUCAAGAAGGCUCAGAAAGAAGCUGAGAAGGAGCACAAAGCCUUCAAGCAGGCUGAGAAAGAUUACAAGCAUGCCGAGAAGCAAGCUGCAAAGGACCACAAGGCUGCUGAGAAGCAGGCCGAGAAAGACUAUGACAAGGCUGAGAAGGAGGCGGAGGAGGCCGAGAAGGAUGCUGAGAAGAAAAAGAAGGCUGGUUUCCUAUCAUUCUUGCACCGUGACAAAAGCAAGAAGUACACAAAAGAAGAGGAAGAUGACUUUGAUCGCCAAGAGCGUGAACACAACGCCUCUCAACAAUCCCACGCGGGCCGCAACGUCGCUGCCGGUGGUGCCGCGGGUGCAGCGGGUACAGGUGCACUGUACGAACUCCAUCACGAACAGGGCAAGCCAGCUGCUUCGGAGGAUCCCUACGCUACUACGUCGACGAACAAGACUCCUCUACCUGACAAGCCGAUCGGCAAGGACCUCGGUGACCAUCUCCAUGGCGCCGAUCGCAACCGUGGCGUCGCAGGCUCUUCUGGAUUUGCGGGCGAGCCGGGCUUUGGGGAUGGUACAACUGGGGCCGACCAUGGGGGCCUUCUCCAUGAUCAUGAUCCCAGCAAAUACUCGAUCAGUCAUCAACAAUCGGGGCUCACGGGUGCUCACGGCACGUCGGCGUUUGCAGGAUCUUCUACCGGUCAUCAACAGUCCGGCCAUCAGCAAUCCGGCCUCGCUAGCUCCCAGGGCCAUUCGGGAGUGACAGGCUCUUCCGGUGCAGUCGGAAGCACGGGCCGUGAGUUCCCCCUCGUCGGAGCAGGAGGGAAUGGCCACGAAAAGCAUGAUACGGGAGUUGCGAAUGCGAGUGGGAGUGGUCAUGAUACUGCGACACAGCCGAGGGGAAUGUUUUGA